AUCGCAACUCUCCCCGUGACCUUUGAGCCAUGGCGGCCCAGAAGCUGCAAGACGAAGCGACCUGCCCCGUUUGCCUGGACUUUUUCACCCAGCCGGUGACUCUGAACUGCGGCCACAACUUCUGCCACGCCUGCCUUGCUCGGAGCUGGGGGGAGGCCCCCGGGCAGGGCCCCUUCUGCUGCCCCCAGUGCAGGGAGGCUGUUUCCCAGCAGCAUUUCAAGCCGAACCAGCAGCUGGCCAGCUUGGUGAAAGCCAUUCAAGAGUUGGGCCGCCCGGGAGAGGCGGAGAUGGGCGGCAGGGGCGACGUCUGCCCGAGGCACCGGGAGCCCCUGAAGCUCUUCUGCAAGGACGACGGAGCCCCCGUCUGCGUCGUGUGCGACAGAUCCAGGGAGCACCAGGGUCACAACACGGUUCCCCUUCCCGAGGCUGCCCAGGAGUCCAAGGCUCAAAUCUGCAGCUGCCUAAAAAAUCUGAGAAAAGAGAGAGAGAAAAUUCUGGAGUAUAAAGCAAACACAGAAGUUGAAAGCCAAGACCUGCUAAAACAAACUGAAUUGGAGAAGGCGAAGAUGGUGGCUGAGUUCAGAAAACUGCACGAGUUUCUAGAAAAGCAAGAGAAACUUCUGGUGGCCCAGGUGGAGGAGAUGGAGAAGGACAUUACAAGACAAAGGGAUGCGCACCUGGCCAGACUCUCCCGGGAACUCUCCUCUCUUGACAGUCUCAUCGGAGAGAUGGAGAAGAAGUGUCAGCAGCCAGCCAAUGAACUCCUGCAGGAUAUUAAAACCACCUUGCAGAGGUGUGACAAGAAAACAGUUGAGAAUCCUGUGGUCUUCCUUCCAGUGCUGAAGUGGAGGGUUUGGGAAUUCUGUGAGAUAAAUCCCUUUCUGGAAGCCGUCACAAAACGAUUCAAAGAUAUACUGGUAUUUGGAUAUCGGUUGCAGCAAGCAAAUGUUACUAUGGAUCCGGACACGGCUCAUCCCCUCCUUGUCCUCUCUGAAGAUUGUAAAAGCGUGAGAAGGGGAGACAAAACUCAAAAUCUGCCUGAUGGUCCAGAGCGAUUUGACAAAUGGCCUUUUGUGCUGGGCCGUGAGGGAUUUUCUUCUGGCAGGCACUGCUGGGAAGUCAUUGUGGAAAGGGAGGACAAUUGGGUUGUAGGAGUUGCUAGAAAGUCUUUGAAGAGGAAGGGCAAGGCUGCCUUUAGUUCAGAGGGAGGAAUUUGGGCUGUGGGGAGGUGGAAUGGUCAGUACUGGGCUCUCUGCACCCCUCACCCCCCUCGUCCGUUCCUGUGGGGGGAUCUCCAGAUCAUCCGAGUGACUCUGAAUUUUGCUGGGGGACGGGUAGCCUUUUUUGAUGCAGAAAGGGCAUCUCUUCUCUUUCUGUUCUCAGCAGCCUCAUUCUCCAGAGAGACCCUUCACCCUUUCUUUUGGCUGAACUCAAAAGCCCACCUCAGACUAUCUCCCUAAGGGUCACAUUUUCCUCAAUGGUCCUAUUGGUCAUUGUGAUUGUAUCCUCUGUGACUCGCGUUUUAGUUUCCUUCUUGUUCCCUGACAGACUUCCAGCAACUGCUGAGAUACAGGCCAUAAAAACACAUUCCUUACUUCGGCUCAGGGAGGCUGAGGUAACAUUUUAGGACAGAGGUCAGCAGCCUUUUAUGGUUAAAGAACCAAACAUCAAAA